UCAUUGGCUGCGGCGUCCCCGGUGUUGUUAUUUCGUUGUUGUUGUUUCGUUGUUGUUUCGUUGUUGUUCCAAACGAGAGCGAAAGGGGGGUGAGCCGAGUGUGAGAGGAGUGUGAGCUGAGCGUGUCACCUGCCACUGACAGCUCUGAGCUGUCCCUGUCACCUGUCAGUCUCCCCUGUCACUCUCCGCUGUCCCUGUCCCCUGCCGGCUCUGGACCGGACGCAGCCCCGGCACAGCCCGCGCUCCGCUCCCGGCGAGGCGCUCCCGGAGACCGACACUCGCUCGCCCGAUCCCUCCCCUGCCAUGGCGGUAUGCGGCGGUCGCGGGCUGCCCGGGCUGGCGGGCACGUCCCCGGGGGUGUCACCGCUCCCCCCGCUGUCGCUGGACGCGGGACACCCGGCGGAGCUGGGCAGGCUCUGGGACACCUCGAAGCGGCGAGGCGGGGGGCUGCCCCUCCCGCGGCUCUCGCCCACCCUGUCCCCGCAGCCGGUGGCCUCGCCCUGUGCCCGGGACUCCGUCUGCUCCCAGCCCUCGGAUGCCGGAUUGGGGCUGGACUCCCCCACACAGCACGACCCGGCAGCGGUGGAGGAAGUCUUCGAGAAAGCAAUCCUGAAUUCCAGGAGAGUUCUCCAAGGCACAAAGCUCCAUCUGCGGAGGAUCCGCUCCUUGCCGCCAUGUCUCCUGGAAUCCAGCAUGAUCCUGAAGGACAUCUCCCACUCCAGGGAGUUCAACAUCCGCAGAGGCCGAGUGCAGAGGGGCCAGAGGGAGUCUGAGGAUGAGGAGGGCUUUGUCCCCAAGAAGCUGCCGACACUGGAUCAGCAGAGCCGGCUGGCCACCAGACAUGGGGCUGCCAGGAGGGACUCCCUGGCCACGAGACCCUGCUCCACAUCCAGCCUGCUGCUGCCGCCCUGGCAGAGUGAUGCCACCAUGCCCCAGGGGACUGAGAACGUGCUGACCACAAGGAUAACAAGGAAGGAGGAGGCAGAGCUGCGUCCAGGGAAGUGCAGCAAGUGCCGGCAGCUCUUCUGCUCGCCCUUGGGGACCAGCAGGGCCAUCAGGCCCAUCCUGAAGCGGGGACACCCCUGUGAUGGGGACACCCCUGUCAAGGCCAAGCAGCACAGGAGGGUGGCCAGCACGCCCCGCGAGGAGGUGUCACUGGAGCCGGAAGAGAGGCUGCAGCAUUCCAGGUCUGCCCAGCAUGAAGAGAUCAGGAGCCUGCCAGACAGUAACGAUCAGGAGCUCAUUGGGGACUUCUCCAAGGCUCACCUCCUGCCAACGGUGAAGGGGAAGGACCCAAGCCUGAAGUACAUCUCCCCUGACACGUUGGUGGCAGUACUGACUGGGCAGUGGAGCAGCUUCAUCGAGAGCAGCAUCACCGUGGACUGUCGGUACCCCUAUGAGUACGAGGGGGGCCACAUCAAGGGUGCUGUCAACCUGCCCCUGCAGCAGGAUGUGGAGCAAUUCCUGCUGGACCAGCCCAUCCUGUCCCUGGACACCAGCAAGAGGGUGAUCAUCAUCUUCCACUGCGAGUUCUCUGCUCACCGCGGCCCCAAAAUGUGCCAGUUCCUCAGGGAAAAGGAUCGUUCCUGUCACGAGUACCCCCAGCUCCACUACCCCGAGCUCUAUGUCCUGAAGGGGGGGUACCGGGACUUCUUCCUGCAGUACCCGACACACUGCGAACCCCAGGACUAUCGGCCCAUGGAGCACGGGGCCUUCCAGGAGGAGCUGCGCCAGUUCCGCUGCCAGAGCAGGCUCCGGGCGGGAGAGCGCAGCCGGCGGGAGUUCUGCAGCCGCCUCCUGCCCCGCUGAGCGCUCGGGGACCCGCAGCCCCUCCGUGGGCAAUAGGGGAGCUGGGAGGGUGCGAGGGCUUCCCUUGGCCGGGCAAUGUGCUUUGGGUUGGUCUGGUUUCUUAGGACUGGUUUAAUGUAGAGGCUAUUGUUAGGAGUGGUUUAAUGUCUUAGUUAUUAUUAGGAUUGGUUUAAUUGGUUAUUGUUAGGAGUGGUUUAAUGUCUUAGUUAUUGUUCGGAUUGGGGGUUUGUGCCUUCUUUAUUGUUAGGAUUGGUUUAUUGUAUUGCUUAUUGUUAGAAUUUUGUUUGUGUCUUGUUUAUUGUUAAGAUUGUUUUUUCAUAGUCUGAUAUCAAACUCCUAAGGUGGAAGGAAAGAAGGAAAAAACACAAGAUACUCAAUUAGCUACAUAGAAUAUUCCUGAACUACUUUAUUUUGUACAAAAUCAAUGCACAAAGACCUUCAUAGCAGCAAAUUACUUCCUUUAUUGUAAAUGUGGCAACGACUUUAACCACAAUCCAGUAAAGGUGUUCCAUGGUUCUCCAUGUCCUUCAGAGAUAAAAAGUCACCCCCAAGGAAAUGGGUGGUACUGACAAGCAGCACAACUGGUUUCCAAUAUGGUCGCUUUUUUCUUACUGUGAAAUUUGCUGGCACAAAAUUCUUUAUACUAUGAUUUCAGCCAAAACAUAAGAGAAAAUGUCACUGUCAGAAUGGAUAAACAUCAUAAUAAUAGAGAUUUAUUUUUAUUUUGUUUCUCUUUGAAAAGACUUUUGCUAUUCCUUCUAGCAGGACAGCUAUAGCAGGCUAUAGAAACUUUGCUCUUACUGCAUAUACACCAGAUACAGAGUGCAUGAGAAGUUUCUUUUUCAACAUAAUUGAUUACAUUUUCAGCUGAAGAAAAUGCAUUUCUUCCCCUCAACAGCAGAGGAAUGAAGAUUUUAUGUUUAGAUCUUGCUGGAUCAGCUAGAUCUCACUCCUUUAGUAAUAUGGUUCCAGGCUGCAAUCUUAUUAUUAUAGGGUUUUUUUAGGGGAGCAUUUAUUAAUGCAGCUUCCCUGAAAAACAAACAAAGAAAUGAUCAAAAGAAACCUCUCAAACAAGAAACAAACCUUAAGCAUCUAGCAACUAGAUUCCUUUAUAUUAAUAACAACAACAACAUAGUUUCAAAUAAAACUCAACUACUUUUAGAUUUAAUUUCACAGACAGGAACUACAAAAUGAUCAGGCAUCAAACAAUUUUCAUAUGCACAGGGAAUAAUACAAAAGCCAUAUUUCUUGAUUUAUAUGCUAUGGUAUAUGUUUAUAUACCAUGAAGAAACAAAUGAUUCUGCUUUCUGGAUUAGAGCCUUGAAUGGUUUAAAUAAUGGAGAGUGUAGCCAUUGCUCUUUCUUGUGCCAGCCAGCUGCACUAAGCCCAGAAAAGGUUCUCCUUCACAAAAAGCAGUGUACUCAUCUUUCCAGCCUGGAAAGUGCUUUCCCCAGAGCCAAGCAGUGGAUUGUUAAACUUUUGAUGCUACAAUAACUCUGUCAAAGCCUUCAGGCUGAUGUCGAUGAUAAGAUUUACAGUAGCCUUAAUAUUUAUUGAAAGAAACUAAUUGUAAUUAUAAACACCUAGGAAAAUAAUCUUAUUUUUCUGUAUGGGUUUUUUUUUUGCUAUUAUUAUAUUUAUGACUUUAAAAAAAUAAGAGAGACAGCACUGCCCUGGGGUUGCGUCAUAGCUGGAGGCUGACAUGUUCCACAGGAGAGAUAAAUCCACCUCUGAUACCAUAAUGUGGAGCCUUCUCCUCUUCCUCCCACCUUGCAUGGCCUUGCACCUCAUCUGUCAGCUUUCUGAUUAUACCGUGGAAUGGAAGUAGGGCUCAGGUUUGGAAUUUAUUUCCAGGACUCAGCCUAUGGGUUUUGAUUACUUUCAUAUGCAAGCAUCCAUUUUUAACUGCUGAGCAGCAUCCUAAAAUGGAUGUUUAUAAUAAAAUUGAAAAUCUUCAGCUCAUAUAACUUAAUUACAAUGCAUUAGUAUGAUGUAGAGGUACAUUUCAGAGGUGAUAAUGGUUGUUUUCUAUUAAUGUGUCCUAAUCAUCAGCAAAGCCUUGCUCACACUGAUCUUUAACCCUUUUAGAAGCAGUUGAUGGUAAUGUACAAGGCCAGGGGCACUUACAAGAAAACCUACUGUUUGUUCACAAUCUGAAAGCAGUGCUUAAAUAUUAAUGGUUAUUAUACAAUACAAUUAUAUACAAUAUCUGAUGAUCUGUUAAAAUAUGGAUUAAAAAGAAGAUAAUAUCAAAGAGAAUUAACUUUUAAUAAAGUCAGUGUUACCACACCAGUUUGGCUGUCAAACAGUACAUUUCCACUCUUCUAAUUAUGAAGGAUUAGUUAUUUAGUUGUUCAUUUUUAGUAUGGGUCUAUAUUGUUUGGGUCUACAGCAAAGUAACAACACACCAAGCCUGACUCUUUCUCCAGGAGUCUUUACAGCCUAUACUAAAGCCUCAUUAAGCUUUUGUCCUCCUCAGAGUGUCCAGCUGCAUAUUCUGCUGUAGUAAAAGGGUGAUAAUAUCACUGAAUACUUUGUAUUACAGAAAAAUAUGUAACAUCACAAGAAAUGGGUAAUAAAACUUAAUUCAGCAUUAUGAAACUUAAAAUUACAAAUGUUUCUUCAUUCUCAAGAUGCACAGUAGAAUUUCUCCACCCUAUAUAUUCAUAGACUUUGAACCUUUAACCACUGCAAUUUAUACUUGGCCAUUUGCAUUUCACUCCAGGGGCACUUUUGUGCUGUGAGCAGCACAGUGCAGAGACAGUGAUUUUUUGCUUAGGUGACUUUGUGCACCCAGUGCAGAAGUGAAUCCUGCAAACACAAAUUCAUGACAUGAAAGUGUGCAGUGAUGGAACCAAACAGCACCUCAUCCUUGGACAGAUAUAUCUAGUUCCAAUUCCAGGCUGGAACCACUAAAAAGCUAUUAUGGCUAAAAACAUAAUGUCAGGCCACAGAAUCAACUUAGCCCCACCCUCCUAAGUGUUUGAAGUAUUCAUUACAGAGGUUAAAAGGAUAAAUUUCUAAUGCUGGUAGUACUCACUUUCUAUUUUGAAGUAAUUUUCUUUUCCUUAUCGUCUCCCCCCAGCAAGUGUGAUACACACUGUUUCUGACUCCAUUAACCCCUUUAAAACCUCUAAUAAAAAUC